UCUCUCUCUCUAAGAUUUUAUUUUCUCUACGAUGUCGUUUUCUUCUUCUUCAUUUCCGCCGCCUCCAUGGCUGAACGUCCUCGGAGGCACAGUCACGGACUCCACCGCUACCUCUGCCUCGCCACAUUCGUCGUCAUCCAUGAAACCUAGCGUACUUGUUAUCAUCUUUAUUGUCGUUGUCACCAUCAUCACCUCCGUCUCCCUCUGUCUCCUCCUGCGCCACCUAAACCGGCGUUGCAUCCGCCGCUUAUCUACCUCCACGUCCACGAUUUCCACUACCACCAGCACCGACGAGGAGUUCAUCUCUGCUCGCCGCGUCUCUCCGGAGAAUCCUAAGAACUCGUUCGUCCGAACUCUCCCUCUCUUCCACUUCUCCUCCAUCACUCGCCGGUCCUCCUCCACCUCCUCUGCCGACUGCGCCAUAUGCUUGUCCAAAUUCGAGCCAAACGACCAGCUCCGUCUUCUCCCUCUUUGUUGCCACGCCUUCCACUCGCAAUGCGUCGACACCUGGCUCGGUUCCAACCAGACUUGUCCGCUAUGCCGGUCUUCCAUUUUCGCUUCGGAGUCGGACCUCAUGAAGGCCUCGCUCGCUUCGUCUAACGGUGCAACCUCCGCAGCAGGAGAGAGUUUUAGGCUGGAGAUCGGAAACGUGAGCCACCGUCGAGCCGCUUCGGACACCGGCGAUACGCGGAGGUCCUAUUCCAUCGGAUCGUUCGAAUACCUCGUGGAGGAUGACUCCGAGAUCAGUCUGAGCCACGCGCACCGGAGGAGCUUGUCGGACAAGGAGGAAAGCGGAGCUUUACCGGUUCAUCCGGACAUGGAGUCCACUCUAGCUUCCGAGAUAGCGGCUGGAAGAAGUUGGCUGAAGGAGUAUAUUGAUAGGCUCUCAUUCUCACUGUCAUCCCGCGCGUUGUCAUUUCGGAGCUCCGGAAGGUUUUUCACUGGGAGCAGUCGCCGGAGCGAGAUCACGGGGAUCGGAGAUUGUGACCUCGAAGCAAACCGAGUCGGCGAAGAGAUAAGCGAGAUGUUCCGAUGGCUAUCAGGGGUAUGAUUGUAAAUAGGAAAUCUUCUUAGGACAAUAAUGAAUUUUCUGAAAAUUACGAAAUUUUAAAUAGUUAAAAUUCCACUCUGUUAUUUUUUUUGCAAUAUCCACUCCAUUGACUGUUUGAGAAACUGCAAACAAUUUUAACUUUGGAGAGGAUAUGGCAAAAACUUGAGUGGGAAUAGUGGAACUUUUAUUUUGUCGCUGAUUUUACGGGCAUUCAUUUUUGUUAUAAAGAAUAUUUUUUAGAUUUUAUUUCGGAAAA